CCUCUCUUUCCCCUCCCCGCGCAGUCCUGUUUGCUUUUUGCCUGCGGCUAUGGCGGGAGAAUACCGGACUUUGCGAAGGCGCACGGCCUGCCCACCGCUUGUGGCGGUUCUGUUGCUAGUGUUGGUGAGCUCGGGCGGCUAUGGCGCCGGCGGGGUGAAAGCCUCGGAGGGAGUGGCGGCGGCGACAGAGACACGCCGUGCGCUCGCCGCAGCGAGGCCCACCAGACCUGAGGCUAGGCUGCGAGCGGCGGUGACGAGUCUUAACAAGACGGUCCUCCUACUGACAUCUGACAUCCUGCUCACGUCUGACCUUCCCUCCAUGACCUGCCCCAAUCUGACGGUCGUGGGCAACUGCAGGACACGUGACGGACGAUGGAGACCAUGCAAGAUCGACGCCGGAAAGAAGUUCUCAGGAUUCAGUGCGACGAGUCAGAACGGGGUAACGCCGGGCCUCGAACUCGUGAACUUCCAUCUCACCAAUUUCCGUCAUCCCAUUGCCACCAUCCAGGGGGUUAUCGUGGUCCGCAACUGCCUCGUCACCAAAAACAGCGUGGCUGGUUUCUUGUUCUGCGCGUAUGAGCUGAGGUUCGAACGCUCGACGUUUACUGGUAACAACGGCAUUUUGAUCGGCGGCGAGUAUAUUAACGUGGAUCUGAAGGGUGUAGUCUUUCGAUCGAACACAGGAGGGUCGUUGAUCUCUCUCUAUAAAGGAGGCGUGGAUGGCGAAAGGUGCAGGUUCGAGGCCAACAGGGGAGGUGCCGUGGACGUGUCUAAAGGGGGCGCGAAGUUCAUUCGCUCUUCGUUUGUGAAGAACUCGGGUGGUGCCGUUAGAUUGGGUUUUGAUGGGUCGGGUAUUUUCUGCAAUUGUCAAUUCGCGGGAAAUUAUGUGACAUCGAGCGGAGGGAGACCGAGAGUGGAACACGUGUACUUUGGCAGGAUUAUGGACGGGAGUAAUGGGGUGCGGUUCUGCAAGAAGCGGCCUCGAGUCGGGGUGGUCCUCGAGUCGCCCGAUCUCGCUUCCUACAUCAAGGACUCGUGCGAGGACUGUCGGAAAUAAUGAAACCAUCGCCUUCUGUCGCUUUUGCCUGAGAGGGUUGUCCAAAAUAAGGAUACUCCCGCGUUCUCUCUCUUUUGAAGUCUUUUUGGCUUUAUAAGAGAAGGCGAAGGCGUUCUUCCUCCUUGUUCCCCCCUCCUUCAACCCUUUUGUUAUGGUAAUUGGUGUAGAGUCCGUUCGGUCUUUUUCGUCCUGAGGUGGCUUGUAGGGAAUCAAUGGGUGCUAACAUGGGAUAUAGGGAAAGGAGCGGUGGUGACGUGGCAUGUGAGGGAUCGAGUCGUGACGUGGCAUGUGGGGGAUCGAGUGGUGACGUGGCAUUCUAGGGAACAUUACAUUACGGAUGGGUGUCGAUGAAGAGGAGCAGGGUGAGCAGAGUGCGAAUUCUGAGAUUGUCUGCUUUGACAUGUUUUUUGUUGAGCCAGAAACAAGACGUGCAUUGGAUUUGAAAUAACGAAAAAGUCGGUUUUGGAUGAAAAAGCGAAUUAUCAUUAUGGCUUCACGAGCGGCUGUUGCCUGGGAAUCAACCACGUCUGUUGCG